UCUAUAACCGUUCAGCAGAUGUUCUGUUCACAUCCGAGUUGGAUUGUGUGUUUGGUCAUAAACAGGUUGUAAGGAACAAAGAAGAUGGAGGUUAGUUAUCUGGGUAUUGUUCUGUGUAUUUUAAUGGCGGUUAGAGGUGACGUAGUACUAGAAGAGAGAGGUUAUUUAAAGCUACCAGAUAGAAACAGUAAUUAUAGAUAUGACAGUGGUACAGCCAAGGAAAGCGCCUUCGAUCAACAGAGGAAAUUAUUAUAUGUUGUUGGUGAAGACACUCAGAUGCUUCACGUGCUCAAUCUAAAUGAUGUGGAUAAUAUUGAGAGCGUAUUAAAUCACAACUUCGACCCUGCUAUUGAUGGCGCUCCAUUAGAUGUUGAGCUAUGUGUUACACCUCUAGAUACCGUGGUCGCCAUAUCCUUUGAGAGUACCGCGAAUCCCCAAGCUGAAGGACAUGUUGUACUGUACGAGCCAGUUACAAUUGGAAGUGCUGUGUUGACACCAAAAAACCCGACGGAUCCAAGAAUAACAGUUGGUGCCCACCCUGAAAAUAUCAAGUUUACUUCUGAUUGUACAAGAUUACUAGUAUCAAAUGAAGGAAGUCCUGGUCUAGUGGACGGCGAGUUUAUCGAUCCUCCUGGUGGCGUCUCGGUCAUCAGCUUGUUUGGUAGUACACCAUCAAUAACUACAGUAACAUUUGUCAGUGUGGAUCAGCCUUCGGAAAGAGAUCGGCUAUUGGGAUUAGGGGUACGCUGGCAAAUUCGGACAAAUCCUACCACUGGUGAAGUCAAUCCCUUUUCACACAACAUAGAACCGGAAUACAUUACUAUAUCACCAAAUAAUGGAUAUGCAUACGUUACACUUCAGGAAAAUAAUGCCGUAGCUCGAAUUGAUUUAGAAAAUUACUAUGUGGCCAACAUAUAUCCAAUGGGUGAAAAAGAAUGGAAAUAUUCUUAUCUUGAUGCCAGUGAUCGAGAUUCGGGACUAUAA